AAGUAACCCAACCUUGAAUGUUCCAAUUAUUUACUUCGUCACAUGACAGUCGGCUGGCGGCGGCACGGAUUAAUAUAUCGGACGAUUCGGUAGCUUCAACGCCAAGGAACAAAAGUUUGGCUGAAAGGUCGCGAGAGGUCCAGAACAGGUGAACAGCGACGACAAUCGUUGAGCAGAAGCAGACGCAGAAGCAGAAGUUGCAAGAGGGGUGGCUACGAGCUGCAAUAUAUUGUACCUAUGUGCAUAUAAUACGUGCACGGUAUUUUUCAGCGUUGGAUACCCAGGGUGCAAGCAAUAAUGGCAGACUCCGGAGCUCAAGCAGAGGUAUAUGAUCUUUGAUGUCCACGUCAUUUCAUCGCAAUGGUAUAGCUAGCUAAUCGAGACCUCAGAAGCCUGCUGCAUCCACAUCCGCAUCUGUCUCCAAACCAGAAAUUAAGCCAGACGUCAAGCCUCUCCCAAAGCCGAAUCCGAUAUACAAAUACAUGGGACUCGGAGAAAACUUUCGACCAAAACUCCCAUCCCGAAACUGGACUAUAUUCCUCACCCUCACCGGAUCAUUCACGGCGGCAGUCAUCUACGACAAGAGAGAAACAAGACGGGUGCAAAGAAAAUGGUGCAGACUUGUAGAACACCUCGCCGAUGAACCUUUGGAUUCCCGGGAUAUGCCACGUAAGCUCACAGUGUUCUUGGAAGCGCCGCCAAACGAUGGACUACGGUCGGCGCAGGAACAUUUCAAAUUAUAUGUGAAGCCAAUUCUAGUGGCUUCGGGCUUGGAUUGGGAGUUUGUACAGGGCAGGAAGGAGGGUGAUAUUCGGGCGGAUUUUGCUGAAAGAAUUCGGAAUUCGAGAACACCGCCGGACCAAAGAGGAGAAGAGGAUGUCAUUACGCAGAUACGGCGCAAAAAUGGGAUCCAGGAGUUUGAAGGGCCGCGGGGAGACAUUGUCAUUGGGAGGCAUACGUGGAAGGAGUAUGUGAGGGGUCUUCAUGAAGGGUGGUUAGGGCCUUUGACGGAACCAGUAAACCCCCUGGAAGAAAAAACCCCAGAAGCGACAAUUGAACAACAAACGGCACCCUCUCCUGUAUCUGUAGACAGCAUCGCGAGCCCUGACGAUUCGUCUACCGUGAUUCACGACACGUCUACUUCAGGAGAAGAAAAGCCAGCACUCGUUCCGGAAGAAGCACCCAAAGGGGACGAGAAGCCAAAGAAGCCUCCACCGUUUAUACCAGUAGCAGAUUACUCAUCCGCGCCUACACCGUCUGGACUUCCUGCUCAAUUUGAUCCUUCAACACCAAUUACCUUUCCCCAUAUUCUUGGUUUUCUCAACACACCUAGACGAAUUUAUCGUUUCCUGAAUCGACGUGAUUUAGCCGAUUCAGUGGGCCGCGAGACAGCCGCAAUUGUUCUCGCCAACUGCCGACCCUAUAGCACUACCUCGGCUCCAGAGCCUCCUACGGCUUUCAUAGCAGAUGAUGCCAGUCCCUCUUCAACCCAAGCCAUUGACGUCGCUCAGUCAGCUGAGCAGCAGAACAGCCUUUUCGAAGAGGAGAAAGAAUGGCAUAAGAGCGUUCGCAUCAGAAAAGAAGAUGACCGAGAACGUACAUGGUUAGAACCAGUAAUCCUCGACCCAAGAAUUGCGUCUCGGAUGCGAAGAUUCAAAUUAUCAGUUGAAGAUGAAGACAUAUCUAAGUCCAUUGUUGUGCAUGAGGAGGAAGUUGAGGGUUGGAUCAAAGGAGGCCUCCGACGAUUAGGUCGAAGCGGAAAACAGUAUUUCGGGUUCGGGACGGAAAAGCAGCAGGAUAUGAACGUUUCUUUCGAGUAAAUCACCUCGGUGUCUGUAUUGUAUGUGUGCUUAGUUCAGUGAUACCACUCUAUCUCAAGUUGCUAACAGGGAGCGACGUUGUACGAUAUAUUAGGACAGCUAUAUGAUGAUGACUACUCUAUAUGUGCGAGGAACCGAACACAACCUCUAGGUAGUAAAUAGAUUAAUAAUCCGC